AUGGACACUUGUAUUCUGUAUCAGGCGACUAUUCGAGUCCUUGGAGAGACACCCAUUGCAAGCGUAGAUCAGCGCGAAAGCUUUCGCGGUGACGUUGCCAAGUCACCUCAUGAAUUUACCAACUCUCGUGAUCUCCGAUGUCCGAGUAGUGCUAUGGUAAAACAGCCAGAUGCACUACUGGGUCAACAACGUUUUCUCAACGAAGCUUGGCAUGAUAAAGCCCAAACGCCUACAAACCACGACUCAACCUCAUGUCUGGACAGGAUGAAGCAAAGUCGAUACCAAACGAGCAGCACUGUCACCUCCGAGUCGCUACUUUUUGAUGCCAGAUGUGGCAAUGCUACUGAAGCUGACGAUCAUCUGGCGCGGAGUGCGUUGUACCAAGUGUCCAUGCAGGAUUGGUUUAUCAACCACGAGAAGCAACAACGUGAGGUCCGUCGGAACCGCCAGAUUAAGUACCGACAGAAGCAACAGGUCAACAUGGUUGCCCUGGAAGAAAGCAUUCGUCAAACAAAGCAUGACAUUGCCAAGCUUGAUCAACGACGUCGGGCGUUCGCCACAGCUGUACCGACGGAUCUGACACUUUGGAAUGUGGCAGUGGACUACUUUCGUUUGUUUAGCUUUGGGCUACAAGAUCUUGAAAGAACAGAGAGAUUGUCAUCUUCACCUGUGAGCACACCCAGCGUCCAGCUCGACUUUCUGCGCUCAACAAUGGCACCAGGGGUUAUGUACAACGAUGCAUGCGGCGUCGGGGCGAUCAUGAGGAGCUGGAAACUUUUUUCGUUCCGGUUUCAAGACGCUGAGGUUGAGCUGACCGGCUUGCAGAAAAGUGGCAUGGAAUUGCUAAUUGCCGACACUACAACGACGUUCUGUAUCACCUCGCAGACGCUCAUCCGUGUUUUUCCACAUUUGUGCAGCAAAGAUGCAGGUCGCGCUAACUGUCGACUCGCUGACAAACUUUUGGGCCAAGAAAUUAUCAUGCGAGGCUCGACAAGAUUCGAGUGGGAUAUUGGAUACGGCCAUGUGACUAGCAUGACCAGCGAAUACGACUUGCUCACGCCAAUGCUUGAGCUGCUAGGCACUUUGGAAGACGCGAUGCUGGUGUGUGCGGACGUGUCCAGUAUCCUUAUAUGA